AUGGCGUACGUCGCGCUGUGCAAGGCGCUCUACGACUACGUCGCCCAGGCCGAAGACGAACUCACGCUCGCCGAGGACGACUACCUCUACAUCCUCGAGUCCGACGACCCCGAGUGGUGGAAGGCCAAGGUCCGUCGCCUCGAUGAAGACGGCACGCCCAUCCAGGAUGGACCGGACGAGGGCACCGUCGGCCUCGUCCCCGCCAACUACGUCGAGGAGGCCGAACCCAUCCGCUUAAGCCGCGCGCUCUACGACUACGAUGCCCAGACCGAAGACGAGCUCUCCAUGGCCGAAGACGAGCUGCUCCGCGUCUACGAAUCCGACGGCACCUGGCUUCUCGUCAAGAAGCAGGGCAACGACCCGCUCAGCGGCGGCGAGGGUCGCCUCGGCUACGUCCCCGCCAACUAUGUCGACGAGGCCGAAGCCGUCGAUACCGGCGCAGCUCCAGCCACCGAGGACCAGUACGAUGCCGCCGACGAUCAGGACGACGAAGAUGAAGACGACGACGACGAUGGCCACGUCACCGCCAUCCCGUCCAUGCAGAUGCCACAAACCGCCCAACUCGGCAAGGGCGACGAGAUCAAAAUGUGGCCCGUCUCGGCGCUCGACAGCAAGAAGAAGAAGAAGAAGGGCACGCUCGGCAUCGGCAACGCCUCGCUCUUCUUUGCCUCCGAAAGCGACAAGACUCCCGUCCAGAAGAUCAGCGUGCUCCACGUCGCGGGCCAUUCGCUCGAGAAGGGCAAGACGCUCCAUCUCCAACUCUCGCCCGACGCCGGCAUGGCCGAGUCCACGCUCGACUUCCACUGCGGCUCUAAGGACGCCGCCGCCGAGAUCGUGCGCAAAAUCGAGACGAGCAAGGCCAACGCGCUCACCGCAUCGUCCGUAGCCCCUACAUCCGCCCCAGCCGCUCCCGCCGCUCCCCCAAUCGCUGCCGCAGCAGCCAUCCCUCCACCACCUCCGGCUCCACCCGCACCCGCUGCGUCCUUGCCACCGCCCACACGCACCGCAAGCGCCGUGCUCCCGCCUCCCGUCCGCAAGACCGUCUCUUUCCAGUCGCAGCAGGAAGCGCAGCAAGCGCCGCAAGAGGCGGAAGAGCAUGCCAUCGCCAUGUACGACUUUGAGGCGCAGGGCGACGACGAGCUCACCGUCGCCGAAAACGAGCACCUCGUCAUCCUCGAGCGCGAGAACGACGACUGGUGGAAGGUGCGUAACGACGCCGGCCACGAAGGUGUCGUCCCCGCCAGCUACGUCGAGGCUACAGACGGUCCGGCCGGUGGCUCGGCAGACCCCGCCUCUUCGGCCGCGCUUGCUGCGCAGCAGGAGGAGGACGAACGCCUUCGCCAGGAGGAGGAGGAGGCCGAAGCGGUUGCACAGGCCGAACGCCAGCGUGAAGCUGCCGAGGCCGCCCAGCGCGCGCAGGAACGCCGUGAGAGGGAGGAGAAGGAACGCACGCGACGCGAGGCGCUCAAGGCACAACCCGCACCUGCGCCUCCCAAACUCACGCAGCGACCCAGCACCACCGAGGUGAGCCGCGCCGCCAAGAAUGUCGCCAUCCCGCAGGGACGCAGCGCGCCUGAGCGACCCAAGGACGCCGGCGGCCGCUCCAAGCCGUCGCCCAACAACACGCGCAUGUGGACCGACCGCACGGGCCAGUUCAAGGUGGAGGCCGAGUUCCUCGGCUUCAACCAGGGCAAGAUCCGGCUGCACAAGAUGAACGGCGUGGUGAUCGAGGUGGUGGUGGAAAAGAUGUCCAACACCGACAUUGCCUUCCUCGAGGACAUUACGGGCAAGAAGCUCAAUCCGACCGACGACGAGAUCGCUGCGUCCACCAGCGCCCGCCGCCGCGAGCGCGAACGCGAGCGCGAGCGCCAGAUGAGCCGCUCGCAGGCGUCGACGACGAGCGGCAUGUCGCGCGAGGAGCGCGAACGCGAACGCGAGAGGCGCAAGGAGAAGGAGCGCGAGCAGCGUCGACGCGAGCAGUCGCGCACGGGCCCCAAGCGCAACGUGGACUGGUUCGAGUUCUUCCUCGCGGCGGGCGUGGAUGUGGACGACUGCACGCGCUACGCCAGCGCGUUUGAGCGCGACAAGAUCGACGAGACGGUGCUGGGCGAUCUGGACGCAAGCACGCUGCGCAGUCUGGGGCUGCGCGAGGGCGACGUGAUCCGCGUGUCCAAGUUCAUCGACCGCAAGUACCGGCGCGACAAGACGGCGUCGUCGCGCCAGUCGAGUCGCGCGAGCGCCAAUCCGGCGGCGGACCUGGAGCGCCAGAUCAAGGCGGACGAGGAGCUGGCGAGGAAGCUGCAGGAGCAAGAGAGCUCGGCGAGGCGAGGCGACACGGUGAGCCCCGCGCCGCCCCAGCUCUUCUCGGGCCCGGACGGCACGCUCAAGAACAACACGCGCAGAGGCAGGCCCACGCCCAAGAACACGGGAGGCAGCAAUGUGGAUGCGGCUUCGUUGGCGGCAGCGAGCGAGUCGCUGGCAAGGACCACCUCGCCGCCGGCGCGCGUGAGCACGGUGAGCCCGGCGAUCGCACCCAAGCGCACCGGCUCAGCGGUGGCCAACGGCUUCGACGACGAUGCCUGGACGCCGCGUCCGCCGAGCACCAAGCCCGCCACGCCUGCGCGUCCAUCGGCAGCCUCGCCUGCGCCCGCAGCCGCACCCCCGGCACCCACGCCGCCGCCUGCACCUGCUGCACCUGCUGCGGCUGCGUCGCCCGCCCCGGCCGCGUCGCCGGCGCCAGCGGACCCCAACUCGGCGCUGUUCGAGAAGCUCGCGGCGAUGAAGCCGCCGUCGGCGGGUGCGAGUCCGCGGCCGGGCGCGAGCCCUUCGCCGGCGUCGUCGUUCCUGGGCCAGUCGCAGGCAUACAACCCGAAUGCGCCGCGCGGACCAUUUGCGCCCGUGCCGGCCAACCAGGGCCUGCUGCAGCCACUGGUGCCCACGCAGGGAACCGGCCAGUUUGUGCCGACCAAGAUGCAGCCGCAGCAGACGGGCUAUAUGGGCAUGCAGAUGACGGGCAUGCAGCCGCAGCAGACCGGUUGGGGCAUGCAAGGCAUGCAGGGUAUGCAGGGUAUGCAGGGUAUGCAGGGUAUGCAGGGUAUGCAGGGUAUGCAGCCGCAGAUGACGGGCUUCAACAACGGCGCCAUGUCUCCCAUGUCCUCAAUGGGGCAAAUGGGACAGAUGGGUCAGAUGGGGAUGCAGCCUCAGCAAACCGGGUUUGGCGGUGCGGGUGGACAUGGAUUCAACCAGUUUGGCCAGCAGGGCGUGGCGAGCGUGCAGAGUCCGCAGCAGAUGAUGGCGCAGCAGACGGGCUUUGGCAUGGGCUCGCAGCAGCAGGUGCAGCAACAGCAGCAGCAGCAGGAGGACAAGGACAAGUUCAACGCGUCCAACAUCUUCCAGCAGAUGAAGAGCGGUUCGUUUGCCAAGGACCCCAAUGCGGCGCCGCAGACGAGCGACAAGUACGAUGCGCUGCGUCCGCAGCCGACCGGCUUCCAGCCGGGUGGAGUCAUGCCUCAAUUCACGGGCAUGGGGUACGGCCAGCAGCAACAGCAGCAGCAGUUUGGAAACAACGGUUUCGGUGGAGGCUAUGGAGGCUAUUGA